UUCAACAUUGACUGUAAACCAAUCCUCAACUUACUCAACAGCUGUAACCUCCCACCAUAGAGGAGCACAGAGCUUGAGACAGUGGAAGCAGCACCACAUGGACUAUAGUACAGCGGUGGAGUAACACAUUCCUGGUAAGGUCAAAAUGGCACAGGGGAUUUUCAGACUAAAAGGUUGCCUUGGCUCUAAAGAGUAUUCAGAAGUCCCAGAUGGUGGUUGGGGUUGGAUUGUGGCUGUGGCCUUUUUUCUGGUGGAGGUGUUCACUUACGGGGUUAUCAAAAGUUUUGGGAUUUUUCUUAAGGACUUAAUGAGUGACUUUGGCGAGAGCAACAGUCGAGUAUCUUGGAUCAUUUCAAUAUGUGUCUUUGUUAUGACUUUUACAGCUCCUUUAUCAACAGUGCUAAGUAAUCGAUUUGGCUUCCAGCCAGUUGUGAUGUUUGGAGGAUUUCUCAUAUCUCUGGGUACAAUCUCAACAGCAUUCACCAGCUCCAUCAAUCAGAUGUACCUCACUAUAGGAAUUGUGACAGGACUGGGCUACUGUCUGACAUUUCUGCCAACCGUCACAAUCUUGUCCCAGUACUUCAGCAGGCGUCGUUCUGUGGUCACAGCCAUGGCCUCCACUGGAGAGUCAUUUGCUAUAUUUGCUUUUGCUCCAGCCUUCACAGCUCUUAAGAACUUCAUUGGCUGGAGGUACACAAUGGUGGUGAUUGGAACAUUACAGGGCAUCAUUAUUAUCUGUGGGGCUCUGCUUCGUCCCAUAGUCAUCAAACCAAAGAUAUCUCUAACAGAUACAGAGCAGAAGAUAACAUGCUCUCAACCUGAAGAACAAAUGCAUGGUUCUUCUAGCUCUGGAGAUUCAGGUGUACAGUCACUUGAUGAGCUGAAACGGGCCAUCAAACCAGGGAAGGAACAGAAAGAAGCAAAACCACUUCAGAUCCCUCCGAAACAACAGAACAUCCCAACCAAAAAUAAGCUCCUAGAUUUGACUGUACUAAAAGAAGGCAGUUUCUUAUGCUAUUCCGCGUUUGGCCUUUUUGCAACGCUGGGCUUUUUCGCCCCACAGUUGUAUGUGGUGGAGCUCAGUGCCAGUUUGGGUACAGAGAGGAACAAGGCUGCCUAUAUGCUGUCAACAAUGGCCAUUGCUGAGAUCUUUGGACGUCUCUCCAUCGGAUGGGUCCUGAACUGGGGGCGUAUCAGAAAGAUCUUCGUACUUCUUGGAUGCGUGUCACUUAUGUGCCUGGUGCUGGUGUUUUUUACUGUGGUAAAUGGCUUCUGGGGAUUGGCAGUGUGCUGUGUGCUUUACGGCUUCUUACUUGGGAACAUUGCAUCCACACACAUUCCAAUGUUGGCUGAGGACGAUGUCGUAGGGAUCCAGAGGAUGCCCUUGGCUGUAGGCGUCUACGUCUGUAUUCAGAGCUUUGCAGGACUGGCUGGUCCACCAUUAGGAGGUGUCCUUGUGGAUGUUACACAAAAUUACAGGGCUGCAUUCUACUCCUGUGCUGUGGGAAUGGGACUAGGUGCCGUCUUCCUUGGGCUCGUACGUCCAGCUAAUACAGGUCAACUGUGCUUGAGAAGGGACAACGGACAGACUAACACCAUGGUGGAGCAAGUGUCCAAAAGCAAACUGGAGGAAACUGUAGAAGUGGAUAAUCAAGAUAUUAAGUCUUGACUUC